GGAAUUGCAAAUUCAAGCUUCAAUUAGCGAGAGGAAGCGGAUGAAAAAAUCGGCGAAUAUGCAUGGGUUAUAUUCAAUGGCCGAGCGCGCCAUUUGUUAAUUGAAUGUCAGUGUUCGAUGCACGAUAAAAUAAACCAUAAAAACGUUUAAACCGCAAUUACAUGAAAAAGUGGCUCCGACAGAGCAACAGUUCGACGACCCGAAAUCCCUCGUUGCUAUGUAAUAUCGCGCGCAAAUUUAUGCGAACGCUGUUGAACGCUGCGUCAACAAUAUCGCGGGUGACUUCUGGUCGCGAUGAAUGAAUAACAAAUUAAUUCAAGACCCCGUGCAAAUUGUAUGCGCGCAAAAUGAGACAUGACAAUGCCGCCAGACUUAUUAUCGGCCGCAAUCAUUUCGAUCACAAUUGUCGGUCAUCAAUGGAAAAACAAAUAUUGAAACGUAAUUACGUCCCAUUAACAUAUCCAGAGACAAUAAACCGCGUCGUGUAAACUCAGCCGCAGCGCAUUUAUCGCUUCCUUACUGACCACGAAAAAGCUGGCGCUACGCCACGCUACGUGCCGGCAUUAUGCAUUCCCGUAAAACAAGGAACAAUUGAGACGGAUUUAACAGUCUCCUUAAUAAGACGCGGUUAAUAAGACGCUUCUAGAAAAAUGCUACGAUGUGUUUAUCCAAAAUUGCAGCAGUUAUUUAAAUUAAUCUCUUCGUGGUUGUCUCCGAACUCAAGAGACACUUUGUGUCGUGUACAUUUUUCCCGAAGGUCAACUAGACCAUAAAUCAGCAGAUGAACUAGACUUCGAACAAUGUUGAGUCAUUGUUGUUCUUUUCUGUAGAUCAUUUCAAUUAAUGAACGCAGAACAGAAACGCAGCCUGACAAAAUCGAUACUGCAACAUCCGUGAUCAUCGUGCGACCUAGCAGUCAAAACAACCCUCCACAUGAUGGUGAGAAGCAUGCUCCUCCACCACCCUUCAGACUCUUCGUCGCUCUCUGUCUCUCUCUCCCCCUUCUCUCGCUCUUCUCUCGCUCUCUCUCUCUUUCUCGUCCUCCCCUUCCUCUCUCGCCGGUAUGCUCUUGCUGCUUACUUCGCGCGGUUUGAGCUGGCCCGAUUGUCAGUCGGUCCCCGACUCCGAUGGUGCAAGGAGCAUUCAACAGCCCGUGGCAGAAGAUCAUAGGAACAAACCCUUCAUACUAGAAGAUCAAGCGCGCGGGGCGAUCUCUUUGCAGAUCUCGUCUAACCGAGUCAUCCGCAAUUAAAUUCUGUCGACGACAAGAGAACAAUUGUAUCGCGAGAACUUUACUUGUACAAUCUACGGAAGAACCGAAAGUCCGAGAUCCUCGUGACGCACAAGCUCGCGAGGACUCGCGAGUUCGAAGUAACGCUUCAAAGUUUGAAGCAAGCAGUGGGUCGCUGCGGAAGAAGAGGAAGAGGAGGAAGAGGUAGGAUCGGGGCGAGAAGAAGAGGAGGUGUCAGUCGCUGUUAGUUCGUCGAUCGUGCCCGGCACGUGCGCGUACCCGGCCCCUCGUGCCUCGAAAGAAGAAGGGUGCUGCAUCGACGGAAGGAGCGCGAAGAAGGAGAGAAGAAAAGGAAGCGGCCGAAGCAGAAAGUGACGGCAGUGCGCUCCGAACCGUCAAGCGGGACGCUGAGGGAGAGAAAGCGCUUCUCUCAAGUGCGCUGAGGUGCGUGCCGCACCACGUGACUGACUCUCGAACGCGAGAUACCCUCUUUCGACUAUCUGAACUCGUUGUCGUACUGAACGCAGAAGGCUGACGCGCGGCUGUACACACAAUCUUCAUCGGCGCGAGCACAUACGACAGUAUGAAUGGAUCAACGUAAGAGGAACGUAGUGCUGUGACUCGAUGAGGAUGGUCCGCGUGAGAGAGCACGCCGGUACACGCGCGUAGUUUAAAGGUGGCCGACAUGAACUACGGUGGUUGCGCGGUGUGAAUAGAAAGACACGAAGAUUCGCCGUUAGAAACAGCGACUGCGCUAUUGACAUUCGACUAGGUUUCAAGAUGAGGACGGGAUUGCAGAUCGCUCUGUGCUUGGCGGCCGUGAUCCUGACAAUUGCCGAGGACACGCCGACGAACACGGUCUGGUUCUCUUCGGAUUCGCCGCCACUCCAGAGCCACGCGUUACAGAGGCUGCUCAGGCUCUUGGGGAAGUAUGGGUCUGAUGACCCGAGGAGCCUGAAGAGAGUGUAUCUGAGCAACAGGUCGAUCACUUGCAACGAUGGAUCGCAGGCAGGUUUCUACCUACGAAAGUCUCAGUCUUCCAAACAGUGGAUCGUAUACCUGGAGGGCGGCUGGUAUUGCUACGACCACACUAGCUGUAGGAACAGGUGGCUACGGCUGCGGCAUCUGAUGACGUCAACCCAGUGGCCCGACACACGCGACGUGGGUGGAUUGCUCUCUCCGAAUCAAGACGAGAAUCCGUUCUGGCACAAUGCGAAUCACGUUUUCGUUCCGUACUGCACGAGCGACAGCUGGAGCGGUACCAGAGCCACGCCGGAAGGCAUGUUCUCGUUCUUGGGCGCAGAGGUGCUGAUCCAAGUUGUCCGGGACUUGAUGCCCCUCGGUCUCGAAGGUGCACGUUCCUUAUUGCUGGCUGGCAGCAGCGCGGGCGGCACGGGUGUCAUGCUGAAUUUGGAUCGUAUUCACAAUCUGGUACAUCAUGAAUUGGGCUUGAAGCACGUCGAUGUACGCGGUGUGUCAGAUUCCGGAUGGUUCCUCGACAGAGUACCUUACUCUCCAAACGGCCCGGCGUCCAUCGGCGCGAUACAUAAGGGAAUGGACCUGUGGAAGUCCCGGAUGCCUCAUAACUGCGUCGCCAAAUACCCUAUCGAACCGUGGAGGUGUUUCUUCGGUUAUCGACUUUAUCCGACCUUGUCCGCACCAUUAUUCGUGUUCCAAUGGCUAUUCGACGAGGCCCAAAUGUCAGUCGAUAACGUGGGCUCACCGGUGACAAAACAACAAUGGGAUUACAUACAUAAAAUGGGCGACAGUAUGCGGCGUACAUUGAUAAACGUUACCGCGGUCUUCGCCCCCAGCUGCAUCAGUCACAGCGUCCUGACGAAGAAAGACUGGAACAUGGUUAAAAUAGACGGCGUAUCCUUGCCGCAGGCGUUGCAUUGUUGGGAGCAGAUGCCGGUCGGGAAUCAGCGCAACAACACUACUCGCUCGCAAAUCGAGACCAAUCAACCGUGCGCCAAGUCGCUAAGGAAGCUGCUACGUUCCGGUGCUAGAAAAGGAAAUGGCACCUCGGUCGAAAGUAGAAGAAGGAACGCUAAAUCUUCCACGGAAGCGCAAAAAGCUCGAUCGGCCGUCCCUGGCAAAACGCAGAAGAGGAAGAUGGCCUCCGACUCGAUUCAAGAGCGGGAGAACAAGAACAGGGGAAGGAGGAAAAACAAAGGCAAAAGGAGGGAGAGAAACAAGGCGGAGCGGGGAAUGAAGAAAGAGAAGCAUGAGCGAAGAAAAGCCGCCGGACAAUCCUUUGUAGAUUCUUGUAGGACCGAUUGCAAGGCCCAGUACGACUAUCAUUCAAACGAUCUCAUGAAAAUCUUUUCAGGACGCCGCAAAGGCGGCAAACAGAAUAACGGCAACAACUACACAGCGAUGUUUAACGGCACCAGGCCACAACGAUCGGUAGUACCGUCGGGCAAACGGAAGUGCGUCCAGGGUUGCCAUUUCCGUUUGAUCGAGCGCUGUACUUGGCCGCAAUGUAACCAUAGCUGUCCCAAGCUUCAUAAUCCCUACACAGGCGAGGAAAUGGACUUUAUCGAACUGCUCAAGAGCUUCGGCCUGGAUAUGAAAAGCGUCGCAAAUGCUCUAGGUAUCGAUAUACAUACUCUGAAUAGCAUGGAUCACGAGGAGUUGCUGAAUCUUCUGACACAACGCGCGAACUAGCGAAGAGUAUUCUGCCACGAAAGAUUUCCCUGCUCGCUGUACCAAUAUCUCCGAUGGCACUUCCGCGAAGUCAGAGCUCGAUAUUUACGUACAAUUUCGAUAUUUAUGUACAAUGUCUGAGGUGACGUGAAUACUUCGUAUCGGCGUGUUAUUAUAGUAUUGCAGUACUUACAUUCAGCAAGGUAUAUAUAUUACACCGCUAGUGUUAGUAAUCAAAAAACUCGUCUGAGAGAGCAAAAAAAGAUAUAACAAAUAAGUCAAACAGACAUAUAUACAGAGUGUCCCGCCCCUACCGCAUUAUUUUUUAAGGACGGAUUCCUGAGGUAAUUUGAAGAAAAAAAUCCUAAUGCAAAAAUGUCAAGGCUAUAAUACUUUUCAAAUUAUAAAUAAAAUAAAA